AUGGGUUCGUCACGAAAGGCAGACAGGAGGGUGGUAAACGCCUGCUCCCGAUGUCGCCAGCACAAGAUCAAAUGCACCGGGGAAAGCCCAUGCAGCAAUUGUAUUCAACGUAGCGCAAUAUGUCACUUCGAGAAAGAAGCCACAAAAGUUCAAAUUACUAGGAAGCGACUGUCAGAGUUGCACCACAGAAACCGCGAACUGGAGAGAGAGAACCUUGCUUUACAGCAACGUCUGUCACGCACGAUCGAGACAACCGCAACAUCGCAGUAUCCAGGAGCAAAUUCCCCGAUGAAUUCAUCGACUGCCGCUAUUACAGACUCUGAACCGAUGCUAAUCCACGAUGAACAUGAGAAUGUCAGCAUGGUAAACCCUCUAUCCUCCGGGCCUCCUGAAUAUAUAAAAGACCCAGCCGGAAAGCUCUAUUAUCUUGGACAUACUUCGACUUGGUCUCUGACUAUCCGGCUCUUGAAUCUGACACACGAGGCACUUUACAAAUGUCCUUUCCCCAGUACUGCUUACCACAUUGACUCUAUGAUUUACGACUUAAAAUGGAACGGCAUGCGCAGUCAAGCAGUUCCCGAUAUUCGUGGGCUUCCUGCAAUCGACCAUGCGCUAUUUCUUAUUAACGCAACUAAGUUCCAUACCGGGCAAAUAUUCCAUUUAUUCGAUGAAGCCAAUUUUAUGGAUCAACUACAUCGCUUCUACGAGAACCCAGUGGAGAACGUGCGUACGGCUGGAUUGUGGCUUCCGCACUUCCUAGUCAUCAUUGCUCUUGGCAAGGCAUUUGUUGGAGCACAAAGCCGUGGGAAUAUGCCACCCGGCUCUGAGUAUUUUAGGACUGCUCUUAUGAUGCUCCCAGACUAUAGCUUUUUGUGGAAGGAACCUUCUGCCUCCGCAGAGAUACUCUGUGCAUUCGCCUUGUACUUGCAGUCUAUAGAUUGGAGAACCUCUGCACAUAACAUGAUUGGACAAGCACUGCGAAUAUUACAAGUUCAUGGUUACCACACGGAUCUUUCCACCCGAUUCACUAAUGAGCAAGAAUUGGUGCGAUGUCAGAAUAUCUGGUGGACCGUAUAUAUCCUCGAGCGCCAAAUCUCCGUGCUUAUGGGUACGCCCCUUAGCAUUAGCGACAAUGAUAUUAAUACCUCAUUACCUUUGUUUCCGGAUUCACCAUUGAAAACAGCAACCCUCGUCGUUCAUGUCAAGUUGUCGAAGGCUUUUAGCCGAAUUAUGAAUGCCCUCUAUAGAGAUACUAGGGAUAUGGAAUCCACAUUUGUGAAAAGCACACAGGAAGUUCUACAAAGAGUGGCAGACGUGGCCUCUGAGCUUCGGGAAAACUUCCCGCUACCUGAACAAGGAGCCCUGAGCGGCAUCUCUCGAGUAUCUGGGUACUUGAAUUUGCUAUACCAUCAGUGUAUCAUGCUUGCUACUCGGCCGUUCUUGUUUAUGCUAGUUGGAAUUCGUGCCAAAAGAACAGACCCUCAGAUCGAAAUUCCCCCGCCUAUUCAAUUACUUCUACAAAUUUGUCUCGAAUCAGCAAAGAAAACCUCACAGAUCUUGGGAUCUCUGCAAGAGCAAAAUCUAUUAGAGUGCUUUUUGCCGUUUGAUCUGGAAAGCGCCGUCUCCGCCGGCCUUGUUGUCACUAUGGCUUCACUAGUCAACCUUCCAUUGAUUGAAAACAGAACGUCAUAUCUUGACACGGUGCUUUCCGUUUUAGAUCGGAUGACUGAUCAUGGAAACUUGAUAGCCCUUGACAAAAAGAGGAAAAUCCAUCAGUUGGAAAGUCUUUGUGUAAACCUGAAAGAGUCUCCCUCGUCAGCUCUGAUCAAUACCUUACACCCUUUGCAGUUCCAACCAAGCAAUUCGCAAGAUGACAAUGUGGCACCUAGGAUAUCUGGUGAUGAAUGUGAUUCCUAUUUAAGAGAAACCAUCCAUGCUGAGGGUCCGAGGGAAAAUUGUGAAGAAGAAGAAGAAAUAGCUACCGAUGCGUACCAGGGGGAUAACGAUAUUUCACCCUCUCAGUUGUUAGAAGCUGCCAAUAUGUUGGACGGCGGGAGCUUACUGGAUUGGGUCGACCUGCCUAAUAGUAGCUUUUUAUUUGGGUUCGUGGGAGGGGAGUGA